AUGGGUGAUAUUGGAGUGAUGAGUGGAGCAGCAAACUACAUCCAAGACGACUUCAAAAUCUCCGACGUACAAGUUGAAAUUCUCAUCGGAAUCCUCAAUCUCUACUCUCUCUUGGGCUCCGCUGCGGCUGGCAAGAACUCAGACUGGGUUGGCCGCCGGUACACCAUAGUCAUCGCCUGUGCAAUUUUCUUUGCCGGGGGACUUCUGAUGGGUUUCGCCACCAACUACGCCUUCCUCAUGGUUGGCAGGUUCGUCGCCGGCAUCGGCGUUGGCUAUGCACUUAUGAUUGCACCGGUGUACACAGCGGAGGUUGCGCCGGCGUCGUGUCAUGGCUUUCUUACAUCUUUCCCUGCAGUCUUCAUUAACUUCGAUGUAUUACUUGGAUUUGUGUCCAACUAUGCAUUUUCCAAGCUACCAAAACAUUUAGGUUGGCGAUUGAUGGUUGGAAUCGGGGCAAUUCCAUCAGUAUUCUUAGCCGUAGUAGUCUUAACUAUGCCCGAGUCACCUCGCCCGAGAAUUUAUCAAAAAACGGGUAUAACAAACGACUCUCAUAAGUUAUUGGCAUUAAUCGCCGUUGGUGCCACAAAGACAGUUUUCAUCUUAGUGGCCACAUUUUUACUAGACAAGAUCGGACGGCGACCGUUGCUUCUAUCAAGUGUUGCGGGUAUGAUCUUUUCCCUGAUGUUGCUUGGCGUUAGUUUGACGGUGAUUAAUCACUCCGAUCAUAAGCUUACGUGGGCCAUAGCGUUGUCUUUGUCCAUGGUAUUAUCAUACGUCGCGUUCUUCUCGAUCGGGACGGGUCCCAUCGCUUGGGUAUACAGCUCUGAUAUAUUUCCGCCGAAGCUAAGAGCACAAGGGUGUAGUAUGGGGGUAGCGGUGAAUAGGGUGACAAGUGGGGUCCUCUCAAUGACCUUUAUAUCUUUAUAUAAGGCCAUCACAAUUGGUGGGGCCUUCUUUUAUUCACGGGUUGCAAUUGUGGCAUGGGUGUUCGUUUAUAUGUUGCUCCCUGAAACACAGGGUAGAUCCCUCGAGGAGAUGGAGGUUUUGUUUGGGACUUUCUUCAAGUGGAGGGCAACAAUGAUGGAGGUGAAGAAAAACGAAGCUGAGGCUAAGUGUGAGAUUCAGAAGGGGAGUCAUGGCUAA